GCAAAACUAAAACAAAUGGCAAAAACCUCACUUUCUACGUUCAUAUUCUCCAUCCUUUUUCUCAUCUCCACCGCAAAGGCUGCCCGAUUUGAUAUCCUAAACCAAUGUGGUUACACUGUGUGGGCUGCUGCCAGCCCAGGUGGUGGACGGCGUCUAGAUCCUGGCCAGUCGUGGCCAUUGGAUGUUGCGGCUGGCACGCGUAUGGCACGGAUUUGGGGUCGGACCAAAUGUAAUUUUGACUCUUCAGGUCGUGGACGAUGCCAAACCGGUGAUUGUUCUGGUGGACUUCAAUGCACUGGUUGGGGCCAGCCACCGAACACGUUGGCUGAGUAUGCCUUGAACCAGUUCAACAACUUAGACUUCUAUGACAUCUCACUAGUUGAUGGAUUUAACAUCCCUAUGGAAUUUAGCUCGAAUUGCAAGCGGAUACUAUGCAACGCGGACAUAAACGGACAGUGCCCGAGCCAGUUGAGAGCGCCAGGAGGUUGCAACAACCCGUGCACGGUGUUCAAAACAAAUGAGUACUGUUGUACAAACGGGCAGGGAUCAUGUGGCGCCACUGGGUUCUCAAGGUUCUUCAAACAGAGGUGUCCGGACGCCUACAGCUAUCCACAAGACGACCCGACCAGCACUUUCACUUGCAGUAACACUAAUUACAGAGUCGUCUUUUGUCCUAGGUGAUAGACUCUCUCAACACAUGUUUGUACGUUGGUAUACACGUACAUGUUUCUAUUAAAUAAUUAAGAGAGGAGACCUGUAUUGUGUGUGUGAUCCGUGAGUAUACGUUUGAUACGCGACUAUCAACGCUCAAUGGAUAAUAAUGAAGGCAAUAAUGUGAAAGUAAUAAUAAUGACGUAUUUGAACU